UAAUUAUAUUCAAUCUAUUUAUUUCAUAGUUUCAUUUAUGUAAAUAUUUUAACGAAAAAAUUGAAUUUGUAAAAUAAAUUUAAAAAAAUCAUAUACAAUUUCCCAAUCAACUGCACAUAAAGAGGCGAAUGUCUAAGUCGAACGUCUCCAAAGAAGCGGCAGGAGCGCCAGAGGCCCAGCCAUCACCACCUGCCCCUAUUGGAAGUAAAAACGGCGUUCACAGGAACAAAGAUGAAGAACAUAACAUGAACAAGCGCAGCAGUAACCGCAACCGUAUUGGUCACAUGUCGGACGAUGCGAGUGGCUAUACCUCCUCCAGCGCCGAAAAUCUGGCGAAGAAAAGAAAAUCGCGCAGAAUGCCGCCCACAGAUGAUUAUGAAAUGUAUAGUGGCGUAUCGGACUGCAGCAAAUGCCGUAAACACAAGAUGAGAGGGCGACGUAGUCGGGGUAGGAAAUCCCGUUCACGCAGUCGUCGCCGCCGUGGCAGUCGCCGUCGUUAAUAUUAUUUCUGAUAAAAUUUUUGUGUAACAUAUGUGAAUUGGCUAAAUUGAUUUCAUGUAAAUUUGUUAUGCAAAAUAAAAUGCUGAACAUUUACCAUUAAA